AUAGAAGAGUCCAGUCGCGUUCUAACCGUUUGCGAGCGUGGAAGUUUUCGUAGGUUUGGCGCCCCCGCAGAGAGUCCAGAAAAUUUUCCUGAAGGACACAUCCCGGAGGAGUGACCGUUCGCAGCAGGAAUCAUUGGGGCUGAGAGUUCUUGUUCGAUGCAUCGUGACUCGUGCUACAAGUUGUAAUUAUUACUGGUUGUGUUGUUUGUGUUGAUAAUAGUGACGUGUGUCGAAUGCCAAAAAAUCAGGUUGUUUGCGCGAGGCUUAUAAAUAACCCUCAUUUUUAAAGUGUGAAAUCGGACGUGAUUCGAAAAAGGGGGCACAUUUGUCAAUCGCAAUCGUUGCAUCCAUUGCCACAGCUGUUUUUUUUUUCAAUUUUUUUGUGUUGGAUAGUUUGCGUUCGAGGACUGCACAAAACAAUCUCCAAAAUGAACAUGCUGCAGGAUGAUAAUAUUGAUAACGCGAUAUCGGUAUUUCGAAGCGAAAGGCAAUUCCUUGAAGACCCCCAGGUGCGACUGCCCCCGCGGCCAACCAAACAAGCACCACCUACCGAGCAAAUUGAAACACGAAGCAAACGGCAAAAUGCGGGCACCAAAAUCUACAACCUGAUCAUCCUGAUCGUUGACAUCCUGGUGAUGCUAACGCGAUGGAUCUACUACACGCUGGAAUCAUUCUACCUGCUGGCGGUCCCUCCCAAACCGGAAGAUGUCGGCAAGGACAUCGUGCUGGUAACCGGCGCCGGUCACGGAAUCGGUCGCUGUCUGGCCCAGCAAUACGCUCAGCUAGGAGCAACAGUGAUCUGUUUGGACAUCAACGACAAGAUGAACAACGAAACGGUGGCCAGCAUUAAGCAGCAACAGGGGAACGCUUUUGGAUAUGUCUGUGAUGUUACGAAUCGGGAACAGAUUAUUGCCACAGCAAAAACCAUCAAGGAACAGGUCGGCAUCGUCACGAUUCUGAUAAACAACGCAGGAAUCAUGCCAACGCAUUCGCUUCCGCAACAGACCGAGGCUGAGAUUAGGAAGACUUUCGAAAUCAACGUUCUAGCUCAUUUCUGGAUACUUCAAACAUAUCUCCCGGAUAUGAUUCAGAAGAAUCGAGGCGCUAUUGUGGCACUAUCAUCAGUGGCAGGUCUGAUUGGUCUCAACAAUCUCGUACCAUACUGCGGCAGCAAGUGGGCCGUUCGAGGAAUUAUGGAAGCAACGUAUGAAGAACUCCGACAGGAUCCCCGUAAACCAAACAUCAAACUGACCAGCGUGUAUCCGUACAUGGUCGACACCGGGCUGUGUAAGAAGCCACGCAUGCGGUUUCCCAAUGUGAUGCGGUUGGUUAAACCGGAGGAGGCCGCAGCUGCCAUCAUCGAUGCCCAGCGGAGAGGUUUGGCCGAGGUGUCCAUUCCGAAGUAUCUCAUGUACCUGAACGCGUUCGUGCGGGUGUUUCCACUGAAGGCGGGAAAUUUACUGCGAGAUUUUCUGGACAGCGGGGUGGAAUCGGAUCUCUAAAGAAUCGUGGCUGAAACGAAAAAAACCUGUGACAAAUUAUUUACAAACUUUGCAUACAUUAGCUUUUACUUGUAUCGAUAGUACGGAAGCGAACAUAAAUACGAUAGCUUUCGAGGCAAAGCUACCACUGUAUCAUGAAUUGGUCCAAUCAUCUGCACAAAGACUAUGUUAGUAGACUUUUUUGUCGUUACUUUGUUCAGUAUGUUACCACGUGAAAACGAAAAUAAAUGCGGUGACGAAGAAACACUAAA